GGCACCUCUUGCCAGCUUUAUCAUAAAUAGAUUCAUUAUCCCCGCUUCAAUUCCCUACAACUCUUUACAAGCAACCUAUUUUCUUACCUACAGGCUGCAAAAUGUCUCUCGAAUCUUUACAAAAACGCCUUACCACCCUCCAAGAAACAACCUCCCACAUCCAAACGCUGAUAGCCCGGCUUGCCUCCUUCAAGUUCCCACCAGGCGCAAUACCUCUUAACCAAGGGUCUCUAGACACUGUCGCGACCGAGCUGAGCAACGAGAUCCACGACACCCUCAAAGAGCAAAACAAUGAUUUCAAGCUUCUAGAGCAAGAGAUUAAAGACUCGCCCGGCGGCAGGAAAGGAAGCGAUGCCGAGACCAACAAACUACGCCUACUUGAACGAGCCACAAGAACCCAACAAGAGCUGAAGCACGCCCAAUCCGCCUUCCGCAAGGCCCAACUAGCUGCAAAACGCAACCUCGAUCUCUCCCGUCGCGCCGAGCGCGAACUCCUCCUGCAAUCCCUAGCCGCCCUCCCUUCGCCCUCCUGCAACCAACCUAUUUCCCGCCGCCGCACACCUGCUGCCGAGCAGACACAAGAUGAGAAGCUCGUCGGGUCCGCAGGGGACGUCACAGCCGCGCUGCGCCAGGUCCACGCCUCGAUGACGAAUGAGCUCUCCCGCAGCCAGUUCGCGCACGAUACGCUGAAGGAGAGCGGCGCAGCGCUGGAGCAGCUGGGCGAGAGUUAUACGAGUUUGGAUAGCGUGUUGGCGAGCACGAAGGGGCUGCUGGGCAUGCUGCUUAAGAGCCAGAAGAGCGAUACGUGGUACCUCGAGACAGCGUUUUAUGUGCUGUUGGCGACUAUUUCGUGGUUGGUCUUCCGGCGGUUUAUUUACGGACCGGCGUGGUGGCUGGUGUAUUUGCCGCUGAAGAUGUUUUGGAAUGCGUGGAUGGGGGUGUUUACUGUGCUUGGGUUGAGGGGCGCGAGCUCGACGGUGUCGGUGUCGAGUCAGAGUGUGGGCACGAUGAUUAUGCCGGCGAGUGGGACGGUGGCGCAGGUUACGAUGAGCGGGACGGAUGCGCCGCAGGUUGUCAGAGGGGGUAGGGGGAACGCGAAACCUCCAAAGCCUCCACAAGAGGAUGACGAAGGCAGGCCGCUUGUAGAUAUUGUGGGGGAGAUGGCGGAGGACACGAGAGCACAGGGACAGGAGCAGCCGCAGGAGCCGGCGCAACCAGAGAGUAAUGAAGGCCAGCAACAAGAGGAGCAGGUGCAACCAAACCCGAAGAAACGGAUGUGGGAUUCGGAGGUGGAGGCGAGGAAGGAAGCAGAAGCGGAGCAGAAGAGGAAGGAUGAAUUGUAGU